GAUACAAGUUUCUCUUAUGUUAUACACAUUUAUAACACCUAUAUAUCAAUCAUCAAAUAUUUCUACAUUUUAUGGUUUUUUUCAUCAACAACAUAUUCUUAUUUGCAUUCAUCUGAAGUUUAAUGAAGGAAGGAGAUAUAUCUCACACAAAUGUCAAGAGAAAUGAUGAUGAAUUACGCGAUAUCGUGCAAGAAGAAGAAGAAGAUCUUGCACAAUCAAUUGAUGAGAGGAUGAAAGAUGUCUCAAGUUUUCGACGUUUCAACAGAGUUCCUGAGGAACUUAAAAAGGGAAGUGAAUGUAGUUACUCUCCUAAAUUAGUCUCAAUAGGUCCUUUUCAUCAUGGAGUUGAUAACCUUAAAACUAUGGAGGAACAUAAGUGGUGUUAUCUCAACACACUUGUGAGUAGAAAACCAAUACACACACAAACCAUAUUAGAUAAAUGUGUGAAAACACUUAGAAAUUUAGAGGAUAAAGCAAGAAAAUGCUAUGGUGAAAACACAUUUGAACAAAUUGGAAGUAAUGAGUUUGUUCAAAUGAUGUUACUUGAUAGUUGUUUUCUCAUUGAGCUCUUUAUCAAGUUUGUUAUAAAGGGUUUUCGACGUAGAGAUGAUAUACUCUUUAUCAACUAUGACAUGUUUUUCCGUCUUAGAUGUGACUUGAUUCUACUCGAAAAUCAGAUACCAUUCUUUAUCCUUCACCAAAUGUUCAACUUAGUUCCAAUUCCUAAAGAAUGUACUUACUCCCUCAUGCAACUUGUUUUACUCUUCUUUAGAAAACUGAUUCCUGGUGAAGGACUAGUAACUAUAGAGAAAUUUGGUCCUAGUGUUCACCAUAUACUAGACUUGAUUCAUCAUUGUUAUCUUCCAACGAGUCCACAAGUUCACUCGAAUGGAACACAAAAGCAUAUGCAUAAUGUGUUACAUCUUCACGACGUAGGGAUCAAGUUCAAGAGAGCAAUAAGUGAUAGUGUCAUGAAUGUAAGGUUCACUAAAGGCAGAGUCUUGGAAAUUCCAUCAUUGAAAAUACAUAGCUACUCUGAGAUUUUGUUCAAGAAUAUGGUGGCAUUGGAGCAAUGUGGAACCUUUAGAAGUGGAACAAAGCACGUUGCGUCUUACGUUUACCUCAUGAAAAGUCUUGUAAGGUCUGCAGAUGAUGCAAGUUAUUUGACAGAUAGAGAGAUUUUGGAUAGCAGUAUGUAUAAUGAUGAUGAGAUUUUUCAACUGAUGAUGAGGCUUCAUGUGGAGUUUGAUGUCAAGGAUUUUUACUAUAGUGGACUUUGUGAGAAAGUUAAUGGAUAUAAGAAGAAAAAUAAGUGGAAAAAAUGCAGACAAAAAUUUAGCAAUGUAUAUAAGAAGACUGCCAAAAGAAUUUCAUGCUAACAAUUUUUUUUUUCUUUAGUAGUUUUAUGUUUUUGCUGCAAUUUUAGUUUCUUUUAUUUGCUUUUUUAUUGCACCAUACUUGAGAAAUUAUUAUAUGGAGAUACCAAAUUAUAUCUAUAUACUUGUUGUUUCAUUACUGUAUUCAAAAGUCAAAUCUCUUUGUAACUACGUCAUUUGUCCAUAUAAGCCUUUUCUUGUUGUUGCUUUUGCUUGUUAUUGUUGCAUUUUCGUUUUUCGUUCAUAAGGUCUAUCAGAAACAAUCUCUUUAGGUCCUAUCGAUAAACAAUCACUCUACCUUUGAGUCAAAGGUAAGGUAAGAACUAUUCUACCCUUCCUAGACGCUAAAUUGGUUGUUAUAGCAAAAGGAACAUAUAAUGUAGCAUAACAUAAAAAUCGGUUCACAAAAAAGCUUGACGAUUAGAAGACUGUAAUGGAGAAAUCCGACUGUAUUACUCUUUUACUCGAACAACAUACGUACAUGGUUUUGAGUAUUAAGAAAAAAGAAA